AUGAUUAUCGGGGGCCAAGAGUACGAAGGCAACUUAUUCUCCUUAUUCCAAUCGAACGUGACCACAAGCGACAAGCUAGCCACAUACAUCUCAUCAAUCUUCUACCCUACAGCUUCUGUGGAGACAAUCCAAACGCCAGUCAAAACAUGCAGCUCUUCAGCCUCUGACAGCUCACCUUACCACACGGGAUUCUUCAACGAACUAAACCCCGGCUUCAAACUGCUCGCCUCUGUCGUCGGCGACCUUCUCUUCACACUAACCUGGCGUACAUUUCUGCAGUCCGCACUAGCCGCUCAUCCAUGCAUGCCGGCAUGGUCGUAUCUGUCCAGCUAUGACUACGGAACCCCGGUCCUGGGCACCCUUGACAGCAGCGACAUGAUGCAAGUUUUCAACGGAAUCCUACCCAACUACGCAGCCAAGAGCAUGUAA